AUGGCAGGCAUGGACUCAACUGGUGAUUGUGUGGUGAAUUGUACGCUCGGGUAUUCACAACCGGCCACUACUGUGUACAUCGCGCCCGUCAUUGACCUGAGCCCUGACCUCAACGACCAACACGUGUACACAAAUGGCAAACCCGUGACCACAACGAGACACCCGCGCCGUAAACCACUGCCAAAAUACAAGCGCCGAGUCUUACGGCACUGUUGGCUACGCCAACGGGUGGACCUAAUGAUGAUGUUGGUCAUAGUGGCACAAGUGGCCAUGGUCAUCAUUGUACCAUUUAUUGUAGUGCAUGGCUAUAAAGAGAUGCAAUACAUUAACAUGUAUUGGCGGUUAUGCCCAGUGCUGGCCCUCACAGCCAUCACAUGUAUGUCACCCGCUUUGACGGACGUGUCGAGUGAGGUAUGGAUGACAGUGUCGUUGAUGUUUACCAUGAGCUUGAUGAUAUCCGUUCCCACACUUUGGAUGUGAUAUAUUCAGUGAUUGUGUCCAUAGAGUGCAUACCAUUGUGUAUAUCAGCCGUAUAUCAGUAUAAAAUGUUGAAGCAUUUGACGUUUAACAAGGCGUUUAUUGGAACAAAAAAUAUUUC